AUGUUAUAUUUUUCCAUUUAGAGAGAAGAAGAUUGUGCAACUAAAAUUUUGAGUUUAAAUAUAUUAAAAGGAUUUCUGGAGGGGAAAGAUGUAAACUUUCAAUUAAGAGGAAUAUUAUUAUUAUUUUUGAAAAUAGCAUCAGUCAUUUUCGAAUACAUUCCUCCAUUUAUAAUAAUAUAGUAUGAAGAAUCAAUAGAAAAAUAUUUAUUAGUAAUAUUGGCAUUAUAUAUUGAUUGUAAGAUAUGUUAAUAAUAGUUUUCACAUUUAAAUAUUAUGGAGUAUAUUUAUCAGAAUUUUAGUAUUUGGUAAAUGCACAUUUAUCAGAGAGGCUGUUUUCUUAAUGUUUGAAAGUUCAUAAUUAAACAACAUUUUAAGGAAUGCUAAAGGAAUUGAGAUAAGUAGAAAGAGCAAUUAGAUCAUUUUAUGAUUUAGUAGCAAUAGCAUUUGAAUUACCUUUUGUUUAUCAUUUAUUAAAGAAUGAAAAUUUAUUUGAUUCAAUUAAAUAUGGGAUAAUUUUAAGUUUAUUUGCUUUAUUAGCAGCAUCUGUAGCAUAAAUUUAUGCAUGGAGAAUUUAAUUUUUUGCAGAUAAAAGAUUAAGACUCACUUAAGAUAUGUUAUGUGGUAUAAAGAGUAUUAAAUAUUUAUAAUGGGAAAAUGUUAUGCUGAAAUUAAUAAAUAAAGUUAGAGAAUAAGAGUUUUUAUGUAAUAAAGGAAUUUAAUAUGUUGAUACUUUUGUUAAUUUUUUUAGAAGAAUGACUUAGAUUGUAUUGUUAUUUGUUGCCUUUUAUAAAAUUUAAGAAUUAGAAAAAGAACAAUUUUAUACAAUCUUAAUAUUUUUUGAUAAAUUAGUUACUCCAAUUAAUUCAUUUCCAUGGUGUUUUGGAGAAUUUUUAGGAAGCUUUUUUUCAGUAAUAAAAAUAAAUGAUUAUUUUAAUACAAAUGAAAUUGAAGCUAAAUUAAUCAAUUAAAAUACUGUUGAAGUUAUUUCAAUAAAAAAAUUUAGAAUUUUUGAUAGAGUUAUAAAUUUUAUUAAAGGAGAUACAAUUCAUUAAGCUACUUAAACAAAAUUUUAGAUUUAACUAAAAUUUAAUUAGAUAGAAAAAAACAAAUUAACUUGUAUAAUAGGAUAAAUUGGAUCAGGAAAAAGUGUAUUACUUGAAUAUUUUUGUGAUGGAUCUUAUGUAAGUUAAAAUGCAUGGUUAUUUAGUGGAACUGUUAAAUAAAAUAUUUUAUUUGGAUAAAAUUAUGAUGAAGAAAGAUAUAAAUUAUGUCUUAAAUUAGCUGCAAUAGAUUUUGAUGAUAAUAAAUAAGUUGGUUUAAAUGGAACUAACUUAAGUGGUGGUUAAAAAUCAAGAGUAACAUUUUGUAGAGCUUUAUAUUAUGAUGCUUAAUCAUAUUAUUUUGAUGAUAUUUUUUCAGCUGUUGAUGAAAAUGUUGCAGAUCAUAUGUUUAAAUCUAUAACUACUUUUUUAAAAGGAAAAACUGUUGUUUUAGUUUUAAAUUAAUUAUAAUAUUUAUAAUAUGUAGAUUUUGUUAUCAAAAUUGAAAAAAAUAUUGCAAUUUUAGAAGAAAAAUAAAAUUUUUAAGUUGGAAGUGUUUCCUUUUAACCAAAAAAUAUUGUUGAUGCAAUUGAACCUCCUUAACCUGAAAAGGAGAUAGAUUAAGAAACUGAGUAAAAUUUAAAGGAAAAUUAUCAAUUUUAUAUAAAAGCAUUAGGUUUAAAAACUCUAUUAUUCUUUAUUGUAUGUUCAUUACUUCAUUAAUUUAUGAAAGGAGGUUUUGAAUUAUGGAUUCAUAAUAAUAUUUCUAAUUUAAAAAAUUUUGAUAAAUCAGAAUUUUUAAAUGUAUUUUUGAUUUUAUCUGCAUUAACACUUCUAAGAGGAUUCAGCUAUUCUUAUUCAACAAUAAUAUCAGCAAAAAAUAUAUUUGAUUUAUUGAUGAAAAAAUUUAUUCAUCUUCCAACAAAAUUUUAUGAUAUAUUUUCUAGUUCAUUUUACAUAAGAAGAUUAUUUGAUGAUAUGAAUGAAAUUGAUGAUCUUCCACUUAAUUAUUUUUUUACUGUAACUUUAGAAUUUUUAGGUUUGUUUAUUUUAAUUAGUUCAAUGCAAUUUGAAAUAAUUCCUUAUGUAAUUAUAAGUGGUUAUUUAUUAAUCAAAAAUCAAUUAUUGCAUAGAAAAUUUAAAGUCUCAAGAUAAUAAGAAAUCAAUAGAUAUUUUGAAACUUAAGAUUUUGAUUCAUUUAUUAUUGAGACUGAGAAAGGUCAUAAAUUUAUUAAAUAUUUUAAAUAAGAAAAAAAGAUUUAAUCUCAAUUUUAAAAGAUUUUACUUUAUAAAUAUGCUAAUGCACUUUCAUAAAGUUAAUUAGAAUAUACUCUUUAAUUACGUAAUUUUAUUGUAGAAUCCACUGUAUUAGUUUUAUUAAUUAUAACUGGAAAUAAAUUAACUUAUACUUAUGCUUAUUUAUUAUUUGGUAAUUAAUUUUUAUCAAAAUCUGUAUAAAGUUGGAGAAGAAUUACUAUAGUUAGUUAAUCAUUAUAAAGAAUUAAAUAGAUUGUUAAUUUCCCUUAAGAAUAAGAUGCACCAACAUAACAAUAUAGAGAUGAUUUAAUAGUUUAUGAUAAUGUUUGGCUUAGUUAUGGAAUAGCAAAAGGUUUGGCAACUGCAGAUUAUGCUUUGAAAGGAGUUUCAUUUCAAAUUAAAAAGGGAUAAAAAAUAGCCUUUUGUGGAAGAACAGGAUCUGGGAAAUCAAGUCUUUUUAAUUUGCUUGUAUCUUUGUAUGAAUUUUAAAAAGGAUAAAUAUAUUUUUUUGGAAAUCUUCUAUAACAUUAUGGAACAAAAUAAUUAAGAUCAGCUAUGAGCAUAAUUCCUCAAUAAGGAGUUAUAUUACCUGGAACAAUUAGAGAAAACAUUGAUCCAAAUUAAUAAUUUAGUAAUUAGGAGAUUGAAAAUGUAUUUAAAGAAUUAGAUUUUAUAAUUGAUUUAAAUAAAAGUACUUAAAAUUUAUCAAAUGGAGAAAAAUAAAUUGUUAAUUUUGUUUAAUCUAUAUUAUUAAAUAAAGAUAUUAUUUUAAUGGAUGAAGCAACUUCCAAUAUGGAUAUUGAAACAAGUAAUAAAAUUUUGUUUUAUUUUAGAUAAUAAAAUAAUGAAAAAAUUAUUUGAUUUUGUAUAAAAUAAAACAUUACUCCUAAUAUCUCAUAGAUUAGAAAAUCUUUAAUAGUUUGAUAAGGUAUUUGUAAUGGGCGAUGGAUAAAUAUAAGCAUGUGGUACAUACGAAGAAUUAUUAAAAAAUGAUAAAUUUUUAGAACUUAAGAGUAUUUUAUGA